CCGGAACCUUCUCGAAAGUUUGGUAGGUUACUUUGCCGUGUGAAGGGCUGUCCGUCCGUUAACCGCCUCCUGCGUUGUAGGCUAGUGAUGCCCAAAGGAGAAGAAGACGCACCAGAGCCAACCCUGUAUGCGCUGAAGCAGUUGCGAAAAUCAGAUGUCAUUCGGCUGAAGCAAGUUGAACAUAUCCAGAACGAGAAGAAUAUUCUUGAGCUGUGUCGGCAUUAUCCGUUUAUUACAUCGUACUUGACUUCCUGGCAAGAUCGUGCGUCUUUAUAUAUCCUCCUCGAGUAUUCACCAGGUGGCGAAAUGUUUGGUUACCUCCGCCGAGCGCAUCGUUUCGACAACACCGUAGCACAAUUUUACGCGGCCGAGAUAACACUGAUUCUCGUAUUCCUCCACAAUCAUGGAGUGGUAUAUCGAGAUCUGAAGCCGGAGAACAUCCUCAUCGAUGCGCGGGGGCAUGUCAAGUUGGUGGAUUUUGGGUUUGCGAAGGUCGUGGGAGACCGUGAGACUUAUACGUUAUGCGGCACACCCGAGUAUCUCAGCCCCGAGGUGAUCCAAAGCAAAGGUCACAGCAAAGCGGUAGACUGGUGGGCUUUGGGCGUAUUAAUAUACGAGAUGGUGCUCGGAUACCCUCCGUUCUACGCGGACUCGCCAAUCCAAAUCUACAAGAAGAUCGUGGACUCCAAGAUCGUGUACCCCACAUGGCUGCAGCCCAAUACACGGGAUAUAAUACAGCGGCUAUGUACCAAGGACCUGUCCGCGCGGCUCGGAAAUCUUAAAGGUGGUGGCUACGAGGUCAUGAGACACCCGUUCUUCAAUGGAAUUAAUUGGAGAGAGUUGGAGGCGCAGAGAAUGGAUGGGCCCCUCGUGCCAAAACUGAGGUACCAUGGCGAUACGCAGUACUUCGAGACGUACGAUCCUGCGGGACCGAGUCCGGACGAGGAGUAUCCUGAGAGCAUGUUUGUGGAGUAUGAUCAUCUGUUUCGGGAUUUUUGAUUUGGAUGAGGGGUAUCCUGGAGUUCUUUUGAUUUUGAUGAUGAUUUUUAGUUUCUUGCUUUAUGACUUCUUGGUUGUGCUGUUUUUCUUUACUAUGUUUUCUGAUAUCUUCGCAUUCUUCACGCCAGCGGCGGCGGUGAUACCUUUCUGUUCUGCCUUCCUUCUGUACAUUACUUAUUUACUUACAUACGGUCAUCAUUUUCACGUGCACAAGUACAAUGCACAAACCCACAUAUCCGUCAGCCACAGUGAGAUCCAACCCAGCCAUGCAGUUCCGGGAAUCUGCGCCUCCCCCACAUUCGCAUUAAGGAACCGCCGGCUUCGGGCACAACCGAGGGAGUCCGUGCGUAUUUUGUGGGGAAAGCUGCAGCUCGCCG